AUGAAUCGCUUUCACCUCUGUUUCUUCAUUGCCUCUCUCCUCUUCUUCAGCACUUUAAGUGUUCAUGCCAUUCGUCGGAGUGAAUUUUCCGGCGAUUUCACCGGAACCAAACAAGUUUUUCAAUCUUCAGUAAGUGCUCCGGCUGCCAGAGAUUUCAAGUCGGAGAAACGGAAAGUUCCCACAGGAUCAAACCCUCUGCACAAUAAGCGACGAUAUUUAGUGCAUAAGUUUUCCGUUCGGGUUUGA